AUGACAUCAAUGCCUAUUCAAUUUCAAUUGAAUGAUCAACAGCCAAUCGAAGUAAACUUACCAGAACAAUUUACCCUGAACGAUUUCAAGAAUGCAGCUGAUAGUGUUUAUAAUAAUAGAACCUUUCUUUAUUCUUUUGUAUGUCAUAGAAAAGAACUUGAUUUAGAUAAUGAAGACGAAUUCAGUAAGUAUAAAGCAUUAAUUACCUCUGGAACAACAAUUUUUACAAUAACGCAUACGAAAGGAUGUUUUUUGCCAGAUACACUCGUUCAGCGUGCUGAUCGAAGUGAAAUAUCUAUUAGUGCUAUUCAAUUAGGCGAUGUUUUACUAGCAUUUACUACUUUUGGUGAGAUCGUUAAUACAAUUGUUGAACGUGUGUUUAUUCAUGAAGUCAAUGAAUAUGUCGAAGUACAAUUCGGACAAAAUAGACUGCAUGUAACACGCGAACAUCCAUUUUUUGUUGGAAAUGGUAAUUUUUGUUCACUUGACAAGUUACGUAUCGCUGAUUCUGUCUAUAGUUUAAUCGAUGAUAAUCUUCAAUCAACGCCGAUCACGAGCAUCAAGACUAUUAUGGCGCCGGGAACAUGUGUUUAUAAUUUGCAUACUUCACAACCACAUACCUACUAUGCUAACAGAAUUGCUGUUCACAAUAAGCUUGGCAAGACAUUCGUAGACCUAAAUAAGAACAACGGUCUUAAGCGAAGUGAAUGGAGUUCCCAUGCGCCUAACUGGCGUAUUGCUCGGCCUGGCAUUUGUCUUGAGGGCAAAUGUCUUAAUGAAUCUUGUGCAACACAUAAACAACUAGUGGUCAUAAAUGUUGGAAUCAAAAAGUUUGAUCUUCUUGUGGACAGUCUUAGAGCGUCGAGAUGUCCUGAAUGUACUCGGUAUGUUGAACCUAUAACGUGUGCUUUUAACAACUGUAAUUGGCGAUGGGAAGGUCAGGUACAAUCUACAAAUGGUGCAGAACCGACAGCGGUUUCACGAGAUUGGAGACAUGCUGACAAUGCCUAUCAUCGUUUCGAUGAAAAUAUUAAUGAAGCAGUCGUGUGGCUGCAAUUGAUUCUUGAAGCAAAAGCUCAAUGA